CCCCUGAUCAAGCGUUUCGGUUCCUGACUCCGCUGUUUGUGCAUAGUGGUCUACUGCAUUGGGCCAUCAACAUGAUAACCUUAGUACUCUUGGGAUUUAAACUGGAGCGUCUUAUGAGUGGGUGGCGCUUUGGAGUCGCAUACGUUACUUCAGGCAUAUUCGGCAAUGUUUUUGGUGCAAACUUUGCUCCUCCCACUACACCAAGUUUGGGGUGUGGUGCAGCUGUGCUUGGAUUGAUGGGAUGCUUCUUUAUCGACCUGGCAUUACGAUGGCGCAUUGCUAAACAACCUUUCAAGCAUCUAAUCAAGCUCAUUGUCUUUACAACCCUCGGGUUUUGUAUUCUUGGAAUCUUACCAGGAGUUGAUAGCUUUUCAAACACGGGCGGAUUGUUCGCAGGCUUUUUGAUCGGCAUAUCGAUGGUCCCCGCUCGACAGGAAAGCAGAAGCAGAAAAGGUGUUCUGCUACUAUGGGCAAUACGUGUCAUUUCUCUAGCGAUACUAGUCGUUUCGUUCAUAUCGUUAUUGAAUAAUUUCUAUGGAGACAAGAGUCUUGAUGAGUUUUGUACCUAUUGUCGCUAUAUUUCUUGUUUGCCAAUAAGCGGCUUUUGCGACCAAUCCAAGUGAUUGUUAAUAAAAAAAGGAAUUCCGUCAAAAAAUAAGACAA